CCACUACCGUUAGUUACGCCCGAUCAAGCCAUUGCAACUAGCUCACUUGAGCAGAAGCUCACCAGUCUGGUGGAUCACUUGCAGGUUCUGCUGGCUCGGUCUACUAAGAUUUCACUACCUGAUACUGUAUCAAUCAAACAAGCAUCAUCAGCUGCUUCCUCUCCGUCUCUCGGACAUCCGGCACAGGCAAUAGCAACCGACAGACCUUCGAUGAGCAGACAAUUCCAGGCUCAAGAUCUCUCCUCGACCGCCUGCCUUCCACCCCAUAAUCUGAAGCCUUGUGCUCCCCCACCUGCUUCGUCCGAAUCCUGCCCUCCUGGUGCUCUGAUUCUCCGACCCGAAGAACCAAGGGUUGCUGAAGAGCCCAUCGCCACUCUUCAUCGUCUGCUUAGUAGGCUGGCGCGCCUAGAGGCCGAAGAAACAGCCAUCCAGCAGCGCUGUAAAGAGCACCUGGUGCCUCGGCCGGUGCGUGAACAGGACGCCAGUUCUCAUACUCACCAAACGACCUUAUCUACAGCCAUAGAGGAGGACGAUCUGACCAGCCCCGGGACGGACGAGGUCUGCGGCAACUCCACUACCAGCAGUACUGAUGUUAGCGAGAUUGUUGCGCGAGGCAAGGGUUUAGACGAUGACGUCUCGGGUAGACAGGUCUUAACUAUUGCCCACAUGUACGGCUAG